UUUCCAUACAAUUCGCGCCGCGUUUCCCCACGAAAUGUCCACUAGAAUGCGAGAAAUGUGCCCACAAUUCCUACAAUAGUUUACAUACUUGUCAUGCUUGUGCUGCUUGCUUGUUGAUACACACACACACGGACGCACGGAUACACACACACACAUGCAUUGUGCAUAUACGUGAAUGCAUACACACAAGCAGACGGAGCCGAUGAUCCGCGGUGGCUGCGAUUCAAAAAUCGCAUCUUGUCCACACUCUCUCAGUUCUCGCUCGAUUUUGGUGGUGCAACAAAUGUAUAUUGGAUGGAUGUAACGGGACCACGGGGCAACCUGGACUGGACGUGCGGUGAGCAGAUUUCGAACGCGGACAAUUUUCGCGCCGUUCCAAGGAUACGAUGCAUUAAUGCCAUACUCCAGAAACUACCGUCUCCAGAAGGAAGGAAAGAGCGUCUCCUCCUUGGUCGUCCUCCUCGUGAUAGGGUUUGUUCGGGGCCGUCACAAUUUCCUCACCGUGGACACCAGUCACCGGUCCCGCGGCCGACUCCAACGGCCCGGGCCCGGAUACGAAAAACCUGGAUGUUGGAGACAUGAGCGAUGACGAAAAGGAUAUGGCCGCGGCGGACGCGGAGGGCGUCUGGAGUCCGGACAUCGAGCAGAGCUUCCAGGAGGCGCUAGCCAUCUAUCCGCCUUGCGGACGUCGGAAAAUCAUCCUCUCGGACGAAGGAAAAAUGUAUGGUAGGAACGAAUUAAUUGCAAGGUACAUCAAACUGAGGACGGGGAAGACGCGGACGAGAAAGCAAGUCAGCUCGCACAUACAGGUUUUGGCGCGAAGGAAGUUGCGGGAAAUUCAGGCGAAAUUGAAGGUUGAUCACGCAGCGAAGGAAAAGGCACUGCAGACGAUGUCCACUAUGUCCAGUGCACAGAUAAUAUCCGCCGCGCCAAUGCACAGCAAGCAGUUGCCUUUGUACCCCCCCGCGCCACCGCAAUUCUGGCAGCCAGGAUUACAGCCGGGCACGUCGCAAGAUGUCAAACCUUUCACACAAGCAUCGUAUCCUGGUGGUAAACCGGCGACGGCCGUGUCCAGCGGGGAGGUGGGACCUUUACAAGCGCCGCCCCCGCCACCUUGGGAGGGCAAGGCGAUCGCCACCCACAAGCUCAGGCUCGUCGAAUUCUCUGCCUUCAUGGAAAACCAGAACAGAGAAGAAGCGGUAAAUUACCCCAGACACCUGUUCGUACACAUAGGAGGACCUGCCAUAACCUACUCGGAUCCCUUAUUAGAGGCUGUCGAUGUACGGCAGAUCUACGACAAAUUUCCGGAGAAAAAGGGCGGCCUCAAAGAGCUAUAUGAUAAGGGUCCCCAAAACGCCUUCUUCCUCGUCAAAUUUUGGGCGGAUCUGAACAGCAGCAUACAGGACGAAGCCGGUGCUUUCUACGGUGUUACCUCCUCAUACGAAAGUAAUGAGAACAUGACGAUAACCUGCAGUACGAAGGUCUGUUCGUUCGGGAAGCAGGUCGUGGAAAAAGUUGAAACGGAGUACGCGCGAUACGAGAACGGCCGGUUCGUUUAUCGAAUCCACAGAUCACCCAUGUGCGAAUACAUGAUCAACUUCAUCCACAAACUGAAACACUUGCCUGAGAAAUAUAUGAUGAACAGCGUACUGGAAAACUUCACAAUACUACAGGUUGUGAGUAAUAGAGACACGCAAGAGACCCUUCUAUGUACAGCGUACGUAUUUGAAGUGUCGACGUCGGAGAGAGGCGAGCAUCAUAUUUACAGGCUAGUGAAAGAUUAG